GGAGCGCAAGCGCUACGGGAACAGAGGUUUGGGGCCACGCGGCGGCACCAGUCGCUCCUCUCAAACCGCGAAACACGUCCCGGCGUCCUCGAGGACGAGUAUCGCGAGAGAGGCCGCACACAUCUCUCUUUCUCUCUCUCUCUCUCCCCCUGUCCCUCUCUGUCUCUCUGUCUCGUCGUCGUCAUCUAUUUUUUUUUUCAUCACUCCCCAAUAUUAUAUUAGUCGCGAGUUUCACUCGUAAUGUGCGUGCGUGAACGUGGUGCAGGGUGGUGAAAAAAAAAAAAAGAAAAAGUUACAAACACGCCGAGUGCUCGUCAAAUCCAUCCUGGACACCGGAAGUCGUCGUCUCUCGUACGAUGUUCGUGAAACGCUCGUUCAAACCACGCCGAUCGAAGAAGGAUCGAAGCGACGAAGGGAGAGCGGACGAUCCGGAUCUCGUCCUCUUCGUUCGUCGAUGAGAUUUAGAUUUAAUAAUAAUAAAAGAAAAGGAGAAACGUUUCGCAGGAUAUACGCGCGCAAAGACAACGGCCUUGAGCAGAAACGGCGUGCACCGGAUAAUUAACACGCGUCUUCCAAGUGCUGUAGCAAUACCGCUGUUAUCGUUUGUUGUUCUACUUGUGCGUCGAAAUCCAAUGUGUGUGUAUGUGUAUUCCUUCCCGAGAAGAGAUAGAAAAAUGUCUUUUGUUUUCUGGUGAAACGCGAUAGUUGGGGUUCUUCGAUCGAGGGAGAAGGUUGACAGAGGGUUCCUCCAACGAAUGGAGCAGCGACCUUCGGCUCGAUCGACCAUCGAAUCGGCCGACCUUUCGUUACGACGCCGCUGCGAAGUGUUAGUGUUCCCCUGUUAAUUGCAAGCAAAUCGAUCGUUAUCGAGAUCGCACGUUCCAGAUCCUCUCUCUCUCUGUCUUAAGAUCGGAGGGUACGGUCGAGACGCCAAUUCGCUUUUCCGUCGAUUGCAUCGAAACCGAUCCGAAACCGUUUCUUUCAUCGCACGCGCGCAAGUUCGAAGAGCGUGGAGAACCUUCUCCUCCUCGUUUCGUCGAAUUGGUAAUCGUGCGUUUGAUCGAUUAAUUUAUCGGUUAUCGUUACGACAGUUAUCUCGACAGCGAAUUAAAAAAUUAGAGUUUAAAUCGUGAGCUCGAUAGGAUUUUAACGAGAAUUAAACGAGGAAGCAUCGUUCCAUCCGAUCUAUCCUCGAUCGAGGCUCGAUUAAUUAAAAGUUUCUCGCUCGUUUCGAAACGAAAAUAAAAAAAAAGAAUUUCGCCCGGACGUGAAACAAAUAAACGAGAUCCAAGAUUCUUCGAGUGGAGUUUUUAUACCGAAGAGUAUAAACGAUAACGGAUCGCGUUUAAUACAAGUUCUCAAGUGAGACGAUCAAUCGAGAAACGUUUCUUUUCCUCAAUCCUCAAAUUGAUGCAUUAACGCGCGUUUCCAAGAGCGGGAAGGAUUCUUAUUGGCUUUAUUCUCCUCAGAUUCGAGCAUUGCGAUUGAAACGAUCGUCGUUUCUCGAGCUUUACCGAAAAGGGUAAAUAUUGCCGCCAUCCUUCUUCCCCUAUUUACCAGGAGCAAUCCCUCCUCCCUUCCUUUUUCCCUCUAUCUCUCCGAGCUUUGCGUCAAUUAUCUUUCGAAAAUUGGCGGCGUGGAACGACGCGUAAAACGUUGCACGCGCCCGACCGAACCCACCGAAUCUGACACACGACAGCGUGUGUACCCAAAUUUCCCGAGUCGAAUCUCGUCGACGAAUAAUUCAGACGUUUCCUUCUACUUUUCCUCCACUCUUCCACACGAUUACAUCUCUCUUAUUUUCUUCAUCCUUUCUUCCUUCCUUCCUUCCUUUCCUUCGUUAUUCGUCCAUUGUUCGUCGAUCAAGAUUCGCUCGUUUCCAGCGUAAUAUUCGUCCUUGUUCAAGGGAGGACAAACGUUGUUCGAGGGACAAUGCGUCACGAUUCGAGAGACAGAAGGAAAUAGAAGGAAGAGGAGAAUAACGAGGAGGAAAAAGAAGAAACACGGUCUCGAGGGAGAGAAUUUGGAUCGAUCCUCUGGAGAGAAGAUACACGUCUUUAUUCGGAACAGUGUUAUCCCGAAGGAAUAAUUCUUCGCGUUUAAUCCGCGUUUAUCGACACGGUGUAUCGAACCGGAAACAGCGUCUCCCCGAUUCAACCUCCUCCGUUUACUCCGUUGAACGAUCGAGAAGUGGGGGAAGAAAGGGGAGGGGUGGAGAGGGUGGAAGAUCCGGAUGUCGGUUUUCGCGUGUUAAUUAAGGAUCAUCCAUUCACUUGGGGGAGGGGGGAUGACUGCAGUGUUAGCGUUUUCUCUCUGUGCAAGGUAAACAUUGUGGCAAAUUGAACGUAUCCAAAGAGUUAUACAUAGAUAUAUAUUUGUGUGUGUUUGUGCGUGAGUGUGUACGAGGGGACGGUCGAUUAGCAAGGACUGAAUUAUUUUCGGCCAGAAUUGUGAGUCGUCCUUAAUUGGACCCUGUGGAACGAUAAAUUCGAAGAAAACGGAAGAGAGGAGCGAAGAGAUUGUGGACGCGUUCCCGUGACGUCAAAGACUCCGGAAGAUACAAAACUCUGAAAAUUUGAAGAAAAUUUCGUCGAGGAGGGAACGAGAACUCGAGGACAAAUAUAUAUAUCACACGCAUACGAGUGAAAGAGGAGGAGGAGGUUGUUCGUCGGUUGAAAAAUGAGAGGGCAAAGGAUGAGAAGGAAGAAAGGCGGCGUGGACGAGGGAUCGACGACCUGAUGCGGCAUCUCUGAUCCGAAAGAGCGCGCCGAGAUCUUGGCCGCGCUCGCGGGACGAAAAAUGAACGAAAGCGCGGUCUACCUGCUCGGCUCGGAAGAAGAGGGAAACCAGCUGAACCGAAGCUUCUACAGCGCGAGCUACCCGCCCCAGAACCGCAGCCAGGAGGAGGAUCUGUGGAAUCUGGCCACGGAUCGGGCAGGCCUGGCUAUACUCCUGUUCCUGUUCUCGGUCGCCACCGUGUUCGGCAACACGCUGGUGAUCCUGGCCGUGGUCAGGGAGAGGUAUCUCCACACGGCGACCAAUUACUUCGUCACCUCGCUGGCGUUCGCCGACUGCCUGGUCGGGCUGGUCGUGAUGCCGUUCAGCGCCAUUUACGAGGUGUUGGAGAACCGAUGGCUGUUCACCACGGACUGGUGCGACGUGUGGCGCUCGUUGGACGUCCUAUUCUCAACCGCGUCGAUCCUCAAUCUGUGCGUCAUCAGCCUGGAUCGUUACUGGGCCAUCACCGACCCGUUCACCUACCCGAGCAAGAUGAGCAGGAGGCGGGCAGCCGUGCUCAUAGCGAUCGUGUGGAUCUGCUCGAGCGCCAUCUCGUUCCCUGCGAUCGUGUGGUGGAGGGCGGUGAGGACGGAGGAGGUGCCCGAGGACAAGUGCCCGUUCACCGAGCACCUCGGAUACCUCAUCUUCUCCUCGACCAUCAGCUUCUACCUGCCCCUGUUCGUAAUGGUGUUCACUUACUACAAGAUAUACAGGGCGGCCGUGAUCCAGACCAAGAGCCUGAAAUUGGGCACCAAGCAAGUUUUGAUGGCCUCCGGUGAACUGGAGCUCACUCUCAGGAUACAUCGGGGCGGUGGAACAAACACGGACGCGAGACACCUGUUCCGCACCGCCUCGAGCACGCCCGAGGACCUCCAGGAUCUCGAGGAGCCGCUCACCACCAUCCAGCACAACAACUGUUUGACGAGGAUCCCGUCCACGAGGAUCAACAAACAGCACACUAGGGGCAACAAUUUCUCCCUGUCGCGCAAGCUGGCCAAGUUCGCCAAGGAGAAGAAGGCGGCCAAGACGUUGGGGAUCGUGAUGGGCGUCUUCAUCAUCUGUUGGCUACCUUUCUUCGUCGUCAACCUCUGGUCGGGUUUUUGCUCCCAGUGCAUCUGGCAGGAGAAGAUCGUGUUCGCCGCUGUUACGUGGCUGGGUUGGAUCAACAGCGGAAUGAAUCCGGUCAUAUACGCCUGCUGGAGCAGAGAUUUUCGUAGUACGUUUCCGGGGCGAGUACGAGCGGCGAGGCGAGCCGCGUGAGUUACAGCAGCGUGAGCCAGAGCAGCGACGGUGCCGGGAGCGUGCUACCCAGCGGCGGGAUGUGACGUCACACGGGGGCCCGGUCUGGGCCUCGACGAGAGCGCGCCAUCCGUUUCCGUGACACGUGAUUGUAGGCUCGCUUCUCGAGGACGCGUGUCGCGCGAACUUGCUCCGCUCGGAAACGCGCGUUCCAGAUCUCCGAGUUCGGAGCCGAGAACGUCGCCUCCUUCCUCCGUGUGUGUGCGUCUGUGUGUGAAUGCGCCCGAAUGUACGUGUGUACGUGUGCUUCCGACCAGACGAAUCGAGGAUAAACGACGUGCUUCCGUUCUUCCUUAUCGUCGAGCUUUUUAACACCGGUGACGAAAAGUGGACCACGAAGAAGCGUCACGCGCGACCCGGGACGCCCCCCGAACCGGGAUACUUGCACCGAUCAUUGCGCGCCCCUUUGUUAUUCUUAAAUCGUAUUCUUUCUUCUUCUUCUUCUUAUGGAAUAGAAAUUUUUGUUGGAUUUUUAGUUCUUCUUUUUAGUGUAAUCUAUAAAAAUUUGCUCGAGAAUCCUUAUUUAUUAAGGUUAUAAGUGAAGUGAAGAUGAUGAGAAUCGAAGAAAGAAAAUUGUUGAUUAAUAAUUAAUAAUUGAAAUUCGUUUUUGAAAAAUUCGUUUCACUUGGAGGCGUACAAUGAUCGGUAUAAGUAAGCCUGUUAUUCCUUGUACAUAGAGAACAAGUAGUAUUCGCGUUUUGUACAUCCCACGACGAAGGAUCUAGAGAGAAAAUCGAAUCGCGGGAAAGACCGUAAAUCGUGCUAUACGGCCGAUAGCUCGUUUUCACACGUUUCGGAUACCUUCGAGAUACACUCGUAGCCUUUUAGCAGAGAAACCUUCGUACAUACGGAAUCGUAAAACGAUCUGAUGGUUGAUGCGCGAACCAGAGUUAUCUAUCUCUCAGAGUUAUUUUCUUUACUUUCUUCUCCAACGAAUUGUUGUCUAACCGUUUCGUUUCGAUACGAUCGAUAUCGCUUUUCGCCGAAUCGAAUUUCAGAGAAAAGAAAAAAAAGAAAUGUACGAUCUACAAAAAUACGUUCCUGUUCCUGUUUUCCGUUGCACCUUUAAAAGACUGACGAUCGGAAUGUUCGGCAACUCCGAACACGGAAUUGGUUCUCCAUCUCCCCCACAUUUCCAGGAAACAGCGAUCUCUCGUGUCGAUGCAUUGACAGCCGGUUACGGGAAACUGAAAACCGUACGCAAAGUCAGUAAAAAUGACGGGAUAAAUAUAUAUUAUUGUGAGUGAAAUCGACUGUCAAUGGUCAAAGAGAAGAUAAGAGGGAAAAAAAUAUGUAUUAUUUUGGGAAAAUAAUACGUGCGCGGGGGAAAAAAAAGAAGAAUUACAUUUUCCAAUAUCGCACGAGCGUUAAAAUGUUCUUCCAGUCAUCGUUAAUCGUUAAAUACGUACACGAGAGACGCAGAGAAAAUCGUUACGAUUCGCAUACGCGUUCGCAGUGACACGCACAGUUUAGCUGGAAUGAAAGUUAAGUUAAAAUUAUUACAAACGCGAUCGUACGUUACUUACAAAAAAGGCGGAAAAAAUAUUUUUGUCAAGUAGAACGAAACUUUGAACGAAACGAAACCGAUAACCGAUAGUCGAUCUUUCUUUAUUUGCAACAAGAUUAUACGAUGAUGGAAAAAUGAGUUGCGCACUAGGGCCGUUGUAAUCGAAGAAUAAAAUGACAAAGUUGUAAUUUGGAAUUCAUUCACGCUGGUUGCCAAUUUCUGAAAAAAAAAAAAUAAUUGGUUAGUUCAAGAUAUUAAUUGAUCAAAUUAUAUUUAUCAUAUACAUUGUUAAUUUACGUACUUCGAAAUUGUUUCUCUAAUAUCAAGAUUUAUUUGAAGAGAGAAAGUAAUAAAUGGAAUAUUAUCGGACAAUCUUUAUUCGAUAGGCAGAUGUUAUCUCGUUCUAUUAUCAAUGGCGGAUAUUUUUCCAGAAUGAUUAUUUAUUUUAUCUACUUUAUUUUAACUUAAGCAUUCGUUGUUGUACAUAAAACAAUUAUCGCGCAAUUGUAAAUACUAGGACACUGUAAAAUUAACUUAUGUGAAACGUAUACAUAUAUGUAUGAAACAUUGUAACAAAGUGUGUAUCAAUACGAAUAUAUACAAAACGUUUCCUCGAAUACAUCAAUUCAAUGAUCCUAUCUCGGUAAAAAUUGCAAAAAAAUUUGAUUAAACAUUUGGUGUUCAUUGACGAUUAUGUUUUAGCUAACUUAUCAAUUUUGCAUGUAAAAUUAAAAUCUCAAUACACGAUGAAAAAUGAUGUAUUAAAAAAAAAAAAAAAAAAAAAA